AUGGCCAAUAACAGUUUUGGGGCUGCUGUGGCGAUUGCUGCACUCCUCACAUUUCUCCUACACGGCAAGGAACUCGAGUCAUUCCUCUUCAGAGUCGUGAUUGAAUUUUUCUGGAUUGUUGCGAAAGCCGCGACUUCAUUCGUCCCUAUCCUCUUCUCCCUUUCCUCCUUGUAUCGUGACGAACUCGAUACUUUCCUUGAUCUUUGUCUUGGCAUCAUGGAAGCCAGAGCCUUGGAGCUGGUGGACACAGCCAAAAAUAACAAUGUCUCGCUGGAUGUGAAGCAGUCCGCUUUGACGGCCUUCAAGUCGGAGAUCAAACAGAGAAACGUUCCCGAAGCGGCAGUACCACCGACAUUUGAAGCCUUGCGGGUCUUCAUCGCAUCACCGAAUACCAUCAUCGUCACGCCUGCGUUUAGUAUGCUGAGCCACUUAAUCAAGCGCUUGUUCAUUCAGCAACAACCGCACCUGAUUGCGAUUCAUAGCCGCAUCCUCCACCCCCUACUUCUCGAACGUCUAGGCGAUCACAAAGAACGCGUAAGAGCACAGGCGGCCCAAGCCUUCACUGAGUUGUGGCCUGCUGCGAAUGCCGAAGUGGAACACCAUGUUCUCGAAACCGCUCUUGUGGGAAAGAACCCCAAGGCAAAAGAAAUGGCUUUGAUCUGGCUCUCAAAUAUGUCCAAGAAUCAUGGCCUCCGUUUUCGCCAAUAUGUUGCAAAUCUGGUCAACUGUCUCGAAGAUGCCGACCCGGCCGUCCGAGACACAGCAAAGUUGACUGUAGUUGAACUUUUCGGGGCUGCUUCGGGAGCGUCCGCACGUGCGAAGUCCGACCUCAUGAAACAACUCAGUAUCCGCAACGUACGAAAAACAAUUGUGAAUACAAUUGUCACCCAUCUUGGACUUGACACCGCCGAAACCGAUCACAUCUCAAGACCGUUGUCUCGAGCUGAUGGCCUCACGCAACGGUCCACAGAAGGACGGAGACCUGCGUCUCGAGCCGAUGGACUCGUGCAACGUCCUUUGGAAGGUCCGAGACCAGUUUCCCGAGCGGAAGGCCUUAGCCAACGGUCCGCAGAAGGACCAAGACCUGCUUCUCGAGCUGACGGUCUCAUGCAACGCUCUACAGAAGGGCUGAGACCAAUGUCCCGAGCCGAAGGUCUUAUCCAGAGAUCUACAGAAGUUAGCAUGUCGACAGGUGACAUGGCUACAGGGGGUGAGGUGCCUGCGCCUCGACCUACCUCCCGAGAUGGUGAAAGUGUGGAACCACUCAUGGUCUCCUCCUCGCGCGAGAUCGAAGAUCUGGUCCGCGGUAUGCUACCUCACUUCGAGGGGCGUGAAUCCGAAGGUAAUUGGGCACAACGCGAGAAGAACGUUCUGAUGCUACGUCGACUGGUCCAUGGCAAUGCUCCGGUUACUUACUCGAACACACUGAUCACGGCUCUGAAGACACUCCUCGAUGGCAUCUUCAAGGUCGCCACUUCUCUUCGCACAACUAUGUCUACAAACGGUUGUCUCCUAGUCCAGGACAUCGCCGUUCAUUGCGGAUCGAGAAUCGAUUCAAUGGUGGAGAUCAUCAUGCAAAAUCUUAUCAAACUGAGCGCUGUGUCGAAGAAAAUCACAGCGCAGAAUGGAAAGAUGACUGUUGAGACUGUCAUUCAGCAUGUUUCCUUCACUCCCCGUAUCCUGCAACACAUCUUUAGUGCCUCUCAGGAUAAAAACGCACAGCUGCGGCUGUAUUCAGCGGACUGGUUUAAGAUUGUCUUGGAUAAACAAGUCAAUAACAAGGCCGCCAUAGAGCAUGGAGGCGGGCUGGACAUGCUAGAGAAAGGCAUCAAGAAGGGGCUGUCAGACGCAAACCCGACCGUCCGAGUGGCCAUGCGCGGAACUUUUUGGAUAUUCUUUGGCAUGUGGCCCAUCAAGGGCAACGAAAUUCUCUCUGAUCUCGACCCCAAAUCUCGAAGUCAGCUUGAAAAAGACCCGAACAAUCCAAACUUUAAUUCAACCAAGGGCAAUGCCCCAUUGCGUAAGGGCGUUGCAAGUGGGCCUUCCUCUUCGAAGGCUAGUAAAGCUCUGCACGAAGCCAUCGCAGCGAAGAAGAGGGCGCACCUGGCACCUAAACCCAGUCAGCAAGUGCGUCCCCAAUCAGCACAAUCCAGCGUGGCCGAGAUUUCCAUGCCCGAAUCUCAUACCAAACAGCCUGUUGUACGGUCUGUCCCAACGGGUGCACCUAUCUCGUCGCUUUCUUCCGCACCCAUGCGUCCAGCGAGCAAGGCUCGCAGACCCGAGCUGAGCCGACCAGCCACUGCGGAGCCGUAUUCAGUGCGGCCUAUCGAUCAUCAUCUCACAAUGUCGGACCAUCGUAUCACGGUCUCGGACCAGCAAAUCACUGUCCCUGCAACGAUUACGGCAAAAGCAAGGGCCAAAAGACUUGAUAUCGCCAAGACUCGAGGAAAGGAGCCUUUCAUGAAUGGCAGUCAUUUGGAUGCAGACGUGGGCGGUCUAUCCUCUGGAGGUUCUCAGGUAUCUAUAGUUCCUAAUGAACAUGAUAACCCUGCCGAAGUCCAGUUGGAGAGUCCCCCUGAUACUGUCGUGCAAAUGCUAACCCCUUCUGAUGUCCCGGCAGAGACAGGUUUCUCCUGCUCAGAUGAGCCUGCGGACGAUCAAGUUAAGAAACUUAUCCCCCGCGAGCCGAAGCUUGCUCCAAGUCGAAACGAAGUACAUGAACGUCAACCCGAUGCAGUACAGCCCACCUCUGACGCCACAACAUCCUAUGCCGAUCUACAACACCCAAACCUUGGCGGAGAACGAAGACCUAGCGAUGAUGCUCAGGACUUGUUGGAAAACUCAGAACGUGGAAGAUUGGGAAGCUCAGAACACAGAGGAGAACGAAGACCCAGUGAAUAUGUCGAGGAAUCUGUCCCAUUGUCCUAUGUACAAGCCUCAGAUCGGGAUCUGGAAAGCACAGGACACGGAGGAGAGCGGAAGCUCAGCGAUCCUGGUCAGGAAUCGAUCGCCGGUGAGCUUGGUCAGGAAUCGAUCGCCGGCGAGCCUAAGCCUAUCAACGAUCGAGGCGCAGGGCAACAUGAACACAACGUCGGAGCAAGACACUCCGCCCCUAACACCAUCAACAACGUCGACGCCGCCAACACCGUCGGCUUCCCGUCCGUCGUACCAGUCUCGCAUCCCGACCCGCAAGACUCGGAAUUCGAAGGAGAACGAGCACCCAACAAUGAGGCCCAGGAACCUAUCCCCUGCCACUCGCAGCCUUCUGGGUCUAGCAAGAUCGAGCAAAGCCAAGCAGGAGGAGAGAAGAAAACCUCCUUUCCGGAGCACUUUUCCUCCGAACCUGUAAAAAUUUUUGAAGACCCCAUUGUUACUACGAGCCCCAUUGUUAAUAGCCCCAUUGUUAGUACUCGAAAUGUGACUAAAAACAGCGUUUUGGAAGAAUUAUCGUUAAAUGAACCGUCUCAUCGCGAUCUGGUAGAUGGCUCAGAACAACGUCGUCGGAGAAAAGUUGAGAACGCCGAGCGCCGAAGAAGUAUCAGCCCCCGUUCGAAAGACCCUGCCAAAGCGAGAGAGAUGCUGGAGAAAGGCGUUCAGAAAAUCCGGUCCAAGAAUAUGGACAUUCUCGGUUAUCGCAAGUUGCAAGGGUUGAUUGAGUAUCAUGACUCUAUCUUCAUUGAUGAAGACAAAUAUGAUGAGAUGCUGCUGGUUUUGCUCGAGGAACUGCAAAGUCCUCCGGAUGAGAAGCGUCAACGCCUUGGCCGUCCUUUGGACUUGAAAACCCAGGUGCUUCUUACUAUUCGCUUCAUGCUCGCACACAACAAGCACUAUGUUUCCCCUUACUACCCCAUCGCCAUAGCGGCUCUCAUCACGGCUAGAAAUUAUUACGACUCUUCGAGCCACAUCAUCAAUGGAUUGAACGAAACGGCCGAGGAACUACUUGCACACUGUGAGCCUGAAGGUGUCAUCGACGCUGUGGCCGACCUCGUAUCUGGCGAGGACCCCGAGACAGGCGACCGGGCCAUCACCAUGGGCUUCUCUGUGAUGACGGAUAUCUUGAAGAAGAAGAACGGCGACGGUGUUCGGUUGCCCGGGCGCCUUUUGGAAAAGGUUGGGUCACUGGCCGGCAAGAGUCUAACGGCCCGGCAGCCUGAUGUCAGGCGCCAAGCGACACAGCUGUGCGUACAAUUGCACACAAUGGCCAACAAUGACGACCACUUCUGGCAGCUUGUGGGGUGGCCCCGUGAAAACUCACGGAACCUUCUGACGUAUUAUAUUGCUAGGAAGUGA